AUGCCAGUUUCCCCUGAGGACAUUGUUAGGGACUACGUCCAUGACGGAAGUUCCCUGGAACGGGUGAGCAGACGCAACGUUAGUCUACAGAUGGCCAUCGUGGAGCCCAAUCCGGAAUGGCCGCAACGGUUCUUGAACACCAAAGACCGGAUCGAAGCUGCCCUAGGCUCGACCGCGGUUGCCGUUCAUCAUUAUGGAUCCACCAGCGUCCCAGGUCUGCCGGCAAAGGACGUCAUCGACGUCGACCUGGUAGUCAAGGACAUCCAGGACGAAGGCUCCUACAUCGAGCCUCUCGAGCGCGUGGGCUUCAGAUUCCUGUUCCGUGAACCCGCCUGGCAUCAGCAUCGCUUUUUCGUUGAUGAGGGAGAUCACCCUGGCUCCUAUCCUAUCAAUCUCCACGUCUUUGGGCCGGAUUGCCCUGAGGUCGAGAGACAUCGAAUCUUUCGCGAAUGGCUCUUGAAGUCGCCAGCGGAUCGGCAGCUUUAUGCGACAGUCAAACGUGAGUGUGCUGCAGCUUGUGAAGCAGCUGGUGAAUCAAUGCAAGAAUACAGCUUGCGCAAGGAGAAAACUGUACGAGAGAUCUUGGACAGAGCAUUUCGCGACCUGGGCUACAUCUAA